AAACAUACAGUAGGCUGGCCUAAUGUCUUCUCAACAUCUGGUGUGGUGACGUAACCUAAGACACACCCUUUUAAAAACGGAAACGGAAGACUCGUCUUUAGACUGGAAAAAAGAUACAAACUUGCAGAAGGACUUUAGCUUAGCUACAUAUGUAAUUAAUUACCAAACUAUGCCCUUCCGAAGCCAUAGAGUCAGACGUGUGAUCACGGAAUAGUGUACUACAGUGUUAUUACUCCAGUGGAGUAUGCUGUGAUGGGUAUGAAGUUACCCACAGAUGUGGUUAUUUGUGGUGGCAUGGUGUCCCAGUGAAUUGCCCUCUCCAGGCGUUAUCCACCGAGCUCUGGGGGAAUUGUGUGGCUGUAUUUGCAGACAUACGUUGCUGCAGAAAAAGCACAAGUUAAAAAAAACGUAUACAUACAUUAGUUGUCCCUGACCAUACCUGUAGUCACCAUGGUUGACAACCGAUACGCAACGGCUCUUGUGAUUGGGUCUGUGCUCAGCCUGUUGGCAAGCGUAUACCUGUCGGUAGCUGUGGGCACACAGUACUGGUACCAGUAUCACAGUCCUGCGGCAGUGGACGGCAGCAAUGCCACUGUGCUGCAAUUGCGAGCGGACUUCUUCGGGGAAGAGGUGGAUGAGAAGGCGUACAGUGACCCACUCUUCCAGCUGAACGGAACACUGGGUCUUUGGUGGCGCUGUAUUCUCGUGCCUGCCCAAAGCAAUUCCCACUGGUACAAGGACCCAGAACCCCAAAUGGUGCCAGGUUGUGUAAGUUUUACACUCCCACAGCAGUUUGAAGCUAAGUACAUGGAUCCAGGGAAUCACAAUUCAGGAGAGGACGUUAUCCGCACCUACCUGUGGCGGUGCCAGUUCCUGCUGCCCCUGGUGUCCCUAGGGCUGGUGUUCUUGAGCGGUCUCAUCGGCGUCUGUGCCUGCCUCUGUCGCAGCCUCACCCCAACAUCAGUCGUCGGAGUCUUGCACCUGAUGGCUGGCUUGUGUUCCCUGGCAACGGUCUGCUGUUUCCUGGUGGGUAUAGAUCUACUUCAUCAUGCCGCCCGGGUGCCAGAGAGGGUAGCUCACUCUCUGGGCUGGUCACUCUACUUGGCUCUCAUCUCCUCUCCACUGCAGAUGAUGGCUGCUGCCCUUUUCCUGUGGGCCGCCUGUAGCCACCGUAAGAAUUACACGCGCAUGACUGCCUACCGAGUGGCCUAGGCAGCCACUACUACCUACUUGACCUGUCUUCAUCAUUCUGAACCCCUAGGACUGUGGGUGUUUGACUGUCGUUCGGGAACAGUGUGUCACUUUGGAGUCAAUGACUAUAGUUCGUUCUUCUGUCAGUCAUACAUUUUUAAACUUUAUACUGGUAAUUCAUACUGUUAAAUUUUCACCCCUUUCGUUCAUUCAGAUAAGCUGUGCUUUUUCUUAAUCAGUCAGAUGUGUAACAGGAAUCAUGAUGGGCUUUUUGCUGAUUUCACAAAUACACAAGUAGUUAGUCCUUUGUGGAAGUAAAUGUCCAUGGCUACACCAGCAAGGACUUCUCAUCCUCAUAGGAGCAGAUGGGAGAGUAAUAUUUGUAAACCAACAACACUGGAUCGAUUUAAGACCAGGGGCCUAUACUACAAAGCUGGUUCAGGAUAAGUUAAGGUUAAUUUAAGAGGUAAAUCAUCUAA